AAGAAAGAUUUACGAAUUGAUAGGUGGUCGCGUUUUGUUUGGCUGAGCGGCCAUACGCAAAAAGUCGAGGAGCGCCGCGUUUCCCCCUCUUUAAGGCUUAAGGCGAGCGAUGGCCACCAGGUCGAGGGCAGAGCAGCAUUCCGCGCGACACAGAACCGCCGUCUUGGAGUAACUCUCGUAUCGACUACACUGGGGGGAAAAAAAGUCACGGCACCACAAUAACGGGUUAACACGAUUGGAAACCGACCUGCGCUCUGGCGGAGACUUCUUCUUUUUUCUUUUUUUAACAGCAACAUUCUCGCCAUUUUCAGGACACGGGCAUUUCCAUCCGAACGGGAGAGUUAUUCUCUCCCUCCUUUCGACCGCGUUUGGGUUGAAGUAGCCUACAACGUCCAGCGUCAAGUGGAGUUUAACAAGACACUCUUCAUUUUCAAUUUUUUUCCACACUCAAAAGUCCAUUAUUAAAGCAGAAUCUCUUAUUUUGGACCUCCUUUAUUUUCCCUCCGCGUAUUCGGCUCAGCCGUGAUUGUGUGCCAGCAGACAAGACAUGACGACUGAACCGCCUCAGCAGCAGCUGGACCCGCCGCCGCCUUUGAGAUCCAGUCCGGCAUCGGGAGUUCUGCACUCCGCCCUGAUGAGCGCUCAGUCGGUCGCGGAGAGCGCGGCCACGGCAGCCGCUGCCAAAGGGAAGAAGGCGAACUCCGGUCUGAGGCGCCCGGAGAAACCGCCCUACUCCUACAUCGCCCUCAUCGUGAUGGCUAUCCAGAGCUCGCCGACCAAGAGGCUGACCCUGAGCGAGAUCUAUCAGUUCCUCCAAGCCAGAUUCCCCUUCUUCAGGGGUUCUUACCAGGGCUGGAAAAACUCUGUCCGGCACAAUCUGUCCCUGAAUGAGUGUUUCAUCAAGUUGCCCAAGGGCCUGGGGAGACCGGGCAAAGGCCACUACUGGACAAUUGACCCGGCCAGCGAGUUCAUGUUCGAGGAAGGGUCGUUUCGCCGCAGACCCCGGGGUUUCCGGAGAAAAUGUCAAGCGCUGAAACCCAUGUACAGGAUGAUGAACGGCAUCGGGUUCGGCACUUCCAUUUUACCUCAAAGCUUCGACUUCCAGGCGCCCUCGGCGUCGCUGGCGUGCCACACCAACGGCUACAACCUGGACAUGAUGACGAAUUCCAUGACGGGAGGCUACGACGGACUCGGCGGUGGCCACCACGUCCCACACAUGUCCCCAAGUCCGGGAUCCACUUACAUGGCCAGUUGCCCGGUAACGUCUAACGGGGAUUACGGUCCGGACAGCAGCAGCAGCCCCGUGCCCUCUUCGCCCGCGAUGGCUAGCGCCCUAGAGUGCCACUCGCCCUACGCAAGCACCUCGGCGCACUGGGCAUCCUCCAGCGGUUCGCCGUACAUCAAGCAGCAGUCGCUGGCCUCCAACAGUCCCGCGUCCUCUGGUUUACAUUCUAGCAUGUCGUCCUACUCCCUGGAGCAGAGCUAUCUCCAUCAGAACGCCAGAGACUCGGCUGACAUUUCAGUGGGGAUACCUCGAUACCAAAGCCACUCCUCUCCAGUGUGCGACAGAAAAGAUUUCGUUUUGAACUUUAACGGAAUUUCCUCGUUCCAUCCCUCGGCGAGCGGCUCUUACUAUCACCACCACCAUCAUCAUCAUCACCAGAGCGUCUGUCAAGACAUCAAGCCUUGCGUGAUGUGAAGGACAUCGCGCCGAAGUGCGUAAUUAGUAGGCCAACGGUGACGAGUAAAACAAACAAACAAACAAAGUAAAACAUCAAAACAAAGAGACCGUUUCAAUAAAAAAGGUCUAUAGACGAAAAGCAAAUCAAGGCAGCGAUGCGAUGAACAAAAAAUUAAAAAAAAUUACCAGUAAUAUAGCAGUUAUAAGCAACACAUACGAGCAUAAGCAAGACACAUAAAGAGGAAACACGUCAAAAAUGUUUCUCUGCCUGCCAACCACUUCGCAUUUUAAGCAUUUACGGUCCCAACAACGCAUAACGUAUACUUCUUUAAAAGAAGUGGGGGAACAGUGUGUAAUGUUCAGCCGUCAAAUAGGCAUAUGAAUCUUUGAAAAUGUAAUCUAUAUUCAAAUGUAUAAAGGUAAAUAUACACGUACACAAAGCUUUUUUAUGAUAAAAAAAUACAAUUUUGCACUUACUGUAUAUCCUCCAAGAAUUGCUUCAGUUGUUUUUUGUUGUUGUAAAGUAUUACAAUAAAACUGUUAUAUUUUA